GGGAGCUUCACGUCAUCCCAAAAGGGUAAAUAACUAACUAAUGAGCUCUCCGCCCGCACCAACCACGAGAACCUCCAAUCCCACCACAAAUCGACAUGUAAGACAACAACACCACUCAUCACAUCAACAACUCUCCCAUCCUCUCCCAUCCUCUCAAUCUCAGGUCCAACCCCCAAUUCCAACCUCUCCAACAAAAAUGCCAACGCCCCCGCCCACCACCACCACCGACGACACAGAAGCAAUGCCACCCCCCUUCCCCACCUCCGCCCGCACCCUCCUCCACCCCCUCCCGCCUCUCACCCUCAUCGUCGCCACAACACCCAUAACAACACCCUCUCCCUCGCCUACAACCAGCGACCACCAUCACCGCCGCCGCCUAGGCAUCGGCCAUGCCGGAACCCUCCCCUGGUCCCGCAUAAAAACAGACAUGGCCUUCUUCUCGCGCGUCACGACGCGCGCCCCGGCGCCGGAAAAUGCCACAUGCACAAGCACAAGUGCAGUUAACGCGGUGAUAAUGGGCCGGAAGACAUAUGACUCGCUCCCCGCGCGCUUUCGGCCGUUACCGGGCCGUGUGAAUGUCGUUGUGACGCGGGACCGGUCGGGGAGGGAGAGGGCGCGGAUCGAGGGGGAGUGGAGGGCGGCGGGGGAGAGGGAGAGGGAAAAGGAGAGGAAGAACAAUAGCAGGGAGGGAGGAAAUAUCGGCGCGACCACUACUACGCCAUCAUCGACACCAAAACCGGAAACAGGGCCGGGAACGGGGCCAAAACCAGAAGAAGAAACCCCCGACGUCCUCGUAGCAAACAGCCUCGAAUCCGCCGUGGCGGCCCUCCACGACGCGUUCAGGACGACCCCCACCCCGGGCCCCCUCUCUCACAACGCCACCCGCUGCCUCGCGAAUAUCUUCAUCAUCGGCGGCGGUGAGAUAUACGCCGCCGCUCUAAAUCUUAAACCUACACUGGACGGUGGGGAACAGCAACAACAACAACAACAGCAACAGCAGCAGCAGCAGCAGCAACAGCAGCAACGCGGCGCGAAUGCGGGGACGAUGAGGAUUGUUAUGACGGAUAUAAGACGGUGUCCUGCUCCGGCUUCAGCACCAGAGCCAGCUCUAUCAAGCGAUGUUACGGCUACACCUGCGGCUACGGCUACGGGUAUUACCACGGUAGGGGAAGAGGAGGCGAUGGCGGUGGAGAACUCCGUCAACGGGUCUGAAUGCGAUACGUUUUUCCCGCUGGAUAGUGAGGAAUUGGAGCGAGGUGAUGAUGGGGGGUGGAGAAGGGUGAGUGCGGAGGAUGUUUCUUCUUGGGUGGGCGAGGAGGUGAAGGCGCGGUGGGUGAGGGAGGGGGAGUUUGUGUUGAGAGUUUUGGGCUUUGAGAGGGGGGCUUGAACGCUGGCUGGCUGGAAGCAGAGCAGAUAAUAAGUAAAUAAAUAUCUUAACUUUUGGCUUGUAAUUUUCAAUACACCCUUGAAGAAAGCGGUAUGAUAAUGAUAUUACAUUAUUUCAUGGCAAUCGGAAAUGGACUGGGGUUAUGGAAAUUGGCAAGCCCGCCCACUACACACGCCCCUUUGCGGCCAAUUUUAAUAGAAAACAGUGGUUGAAAGAAAAGAAGAAAAAGAACGGUAAAGAAUCUUACGCACAAACAUCUCAUUGUGAUCAAAGAUCGAUGGGAUUAGGACUAACCCUAUUCUCACGUCGCCUUCCAUCAUCUCUCUCACAGCAUGCCAAUCAUCAUGACAAG